AUGGCGGCACUGGAGAAGAGAGGAGGCCACGCCCACGAGCCCUUCGUCGUCAGAGCAGCGAAGCCCUCCAGUCCUUCAGCGAGGCAGAAGCGCUCCAAGAGUGAUUUGGACGACAGAGACGCCAAGUGCGCACCGCGUUCUUCGCAGAAGGCAUCCAGUCAGACUAAGCUUGUAAUUCUGCAGCUGGAGAUGCACCUCAAGGAUCAGCAGGUGGUGCGCGGCGCACUGGAGAAAGCGCUGGGGCCUGACGACGACCCUGCCGCUGCUGCUCCACCCACUCUCCAACACGAGAGCCCAGCGCUGAAGCCGGCUACUCAGCUGAUAAGGGAGGUUGCGACGUUGGAGCUGGAGAUCAAGCACUUGGAGCAGUACCUGCUGACGCUCUACCGGAAAGCAUUUGAGCAGCAGCAGCAGGUGUCUUCAGAUGCUCGCCGGGACCGGGAGGCGGCGGCGCGCAAGCUGUCGGUGAGCUCGCGGCCCGACGAGACGCCCAGGCCGAAGGGUCCCAUGAUCAGGGGAGGCGGCGGUGACCCGACGAUGCUCCACUACAGCGGCCCUCCGCUUAGCGGCAAGGGGAGGAGGAAUAAUGGCGGUACGGUGGCGGACGACUGCUCGCCGUCGACGUGCUCCCGGAGGACGACCGCGGACUUGGUGGACACGGCCGGCCUCCGGAGCCAGUCGGCGCUGUCGUUCCGAGGUGCGUGGUCGUCGUCGUCUUCCAGGAUAUCGCCCACGGAGGACAGCCUCGCCAGGGCGCUCCGGUCCUGCCACUCCCAGCCCUUCUCCUUCCUGGAGGAAGGCGAGACGGCACCGUCAGGAGUGGUGAGCCUGGCGGACUACCUCGGGACGAGCGUGGCGGACCACAUCCCGGAGACGCCCAACAACCUGUCGGAGGAGAUGGUACGGUGCAUGGCCGGGGUCUACUGCAGGCUGGCCGACCCGCCGCUGCUGGCGCACCACCGGCCGUCGUCGUCGCCGUCGUCGUCGCUGUCCUCGGCGCCGAGCGCGGUCUCCCCGCCGCAGCACCUCGGCGGCGACGCUGACAUGUGGAGCCCCAGCAGUUACUGCUGCCGGAGAGACGGCGCCCAGCUCGACUCCAGGCUCAUCAACCCGUUCCGCGUCGAGGGGCUCAAGGAGUUCAGCGGGCCCUACAGCGCCAUGGUCGAGGUGCCGGCGAUCUCCCGCGACCGCACCAGGCUCAGGGAAGCCGAGGACCUGCUCCAGACUUACAAGCUGAUUCUCUACCGGCUGGAGACGGUGGAUCUGAGGCGGAUGACGGGCGAGGAGAAGCUCGCGUUCUGGAUCAACGUGCACAACGCCCUGGUGAUGCAUGCGUACCUGAAGCAUGGCGUCCCGCAGAACCAGCUGAAGAAGACAUCACUGCUUGUCAAGGCGGAGUGCAAGAUCGCCGGGCGCGCCAUCAACGCGGCGGUCAUCCAGGGGCUGGUUCUCGGGUGCAGCACGCACUGCUCCUCCGGACAUUGGCUGCGGACUUUGCUGCACUACCCGAGGACGAAGACGAGCCGAGCGAGCAAAGCCGGAAGCGAGGAGUGGCGAGCCUUCGCCGUCCGGCAGCCGGAGCCUCUUCUGCGCUUUGCGCUUUGCUCCGGGUGCCACUCCGAUCCCGCGGUGCGGGUGUACUUCCCGAAGCGGCAGGCGCAGCAGCUGGAGGCGGCGCGGGAGGAGUACGUCCGGGCCACGGCGGGGGUGUGGAAGGACCACCGGGUGCUGCUGCCCAAGCUGCUGGACGCCUACGCCCGGGACGCCGGCCUCUCGCCCGACCGCCUCCUCGACGCCGUCCAGCGCUGCCUCCCGGAGACCCUGCGGGCGGCGGUGCAUCGGUGCCGCGGCGACGGCAGGUCCGCCGGCAAGAUCGUCGAGUGGGUGCCCCACCGGCAGAGCUUCCGGUACCUUCUCGCCAGGGACCUCGCCUUCCCGCACCUCAGCUAG